AUGUGGGCGUUGCAAGCGGUGAAUGCCCUGAUUUUCGGUGCAACGUUCUAUGCCAACAUGGCGAUAUACAGGGGCUGCUUUCGUUCCAUGGAGGCUGACGGAGAAAAGCUCGCCAGGUUUUCUCUGGCUAGCGUCAAGAGCUCUUGCUGCGACGAUAACCAUCAAGCGAGCUGUGGACUAUGCGACCGCCAGAUUACCAACAAGUGCAUCACCAGCUGGUGGGGAACUCGGGAGCAGUUCGAGGAAUACGUCCAAACGGAAGUGCGUGCAGUACUGCUCUCGGAGCAUGCGAAGCAGUUCUUCACGUACCGUCAGGCCGUGUCAGCCAUGGUUCCGGUCCUCUGGCUAUUCCUAAGCAAAGCUGCUGCUUGGUACAGGCUCACCGCUGCGUUCACCACGUUCGACCCGAUUAUGGAGGCCAGCCGAGAAGUGAUCAGGGCCGUGGCAUGGUGGUUGGGGGUUGCCCCCAUGGCACUGCUAACUGGAACAAGGCUAUGUUACGUAUUCCGGCACAAAUGCAGCUGCACUUCCGCUGACUUUCUUCUCAAUCUGCCGCCGCUGCUGGGCAGUGUCAUGGUGGUAGUUGCAGCACAGCAGCUUGAGCAUCUGUGCUCCAUCAUUGACUUCCCUAUAAA